CGAAACAUAAUUUGAAAUAUCCAACAUUUCUUUUGAAAUUAUCUAUUGUCCCUCUCACGCUAAACCCCCUGCCAGCACGCCGGCGGCGCGACUACGUCUCCAGUAACAUUUCCCGGCGAAGCUAACCUCCCACCCUCCAGGCGACGGAAAACUUAGACGAGUGUUCCUGAGCGGCGAACACACCCACGCGAAUCGGGACGUAAGGCAACUAACCCUGUGUUUUAGCUUCCUUUCGGACACGAAUCGGCGAGGACUCACGUCAACCAAUUGAGCAACUCCAACUGUUCUACUGCAUAUAGAGCUAUGAAUGCUCCAGCUUCACACGAGGAGGAAGAGGAUCACGGAGAGGUCUUCCUUGAUGAAUCUGACAUAAUUCAGGAAGUUGUGAUUGAUGAUGAAGAUCUUCCUCAUGCUGUUGAUGAAGAAGGCUCUGAUGAUGAAUUUGUUGAUGACGCUGAUGAUUCAGUUCAUACUUUUACUGGCCAUACUGGUGAGGUUUACACGGUGGCUUGUAGUCCAAUAGAUGCCAUGUUAGUUGCAACAGGUGGUGGAGAUGACAAAGGAUUUAUGUGGAAGAUUGGCAGAGGAGAUUUUGCACAGGAGCUUACUGGUCACAAGGAUUCUGUGUCUAGCCUAGCAUUUAGUGCAGACGGACAAUUACUUGCAUCAGGGAGUUUUGAUGGACUUAUCCAAAUUUGGGAUAUUUCGUCAGGGAAUCUUAAAUGCACACUUGAAGGCCCUGGAGGGGGAAUUGAGUGGGUAAGGUGGCAUCCGAGAGGACAUCUAGUUUUGGCUGGUUCUGAGGAUUCCACCGUUUGGAUGUGGAAUGCUGAUAGAGGUGUCUAUCUUAAUAUGUUUUCUGGUCAUGGUGCGAGUGUUACUUGUGGUGAUUUUACCCCUGAUGGUAAAAUUAUUUGCACCGGUUCGGACGAUGCAACAAUGAGGAUAUGGAACCCAAAAAGUGGUGAAAAUAUUCAUGUUGUGAGGGGUCAUCCUUAUCACACUGAAGGAUUGACUGCCCUAGCACUCAGUUCUGAUUCAACCCUUGCCCUUUCUGGUUCAAAUGAUGGUUCUGUUCAUAUUGUGAAUAUAGCAACUGGAAAGGUGGUAAAUUCUCUGGUUUCCCAUUCAGAUUCAAUCGAGUGCAUUGGUCUAGCACCAAGCUCCCCUUGGGCUGCAACUGGAGGAAUGGAUCAGAAGCUCAUCAUAUGGGAUCUUCGACAGUCGUCGCCACGCAGUAUAUGCGAGCACGAGGAUGGAGUUACAUGUCUGACUUGGAUUGGCACGUCACGGUACGUUGUGACCGGAUGUGUCGAUGGUCGAGUACGAAUAUGGGACAGUCUAGUUGGAGAAUGUGUUAGAACCUUUACAGGGCACACUGACGCCAUCCAAUCUCUCUCGGUGUCUGCCAACCACGAGUACCUUGUUUCUGUUGCUCUUGAUAAUACAGCUCGUGUUUUUGAGAUUGCAGAGUAUCAUUAAGUAGUAGUGUCUUCGUUUUAAGUUGAAUGUCACGAGUGUUAUCCUCAUUAGCGAUCUUGUAUGAGUUUGUAUUUGUAACAAGCAUUGCAUGGUAUCGUUAUGUAAAAUUUUUGGUUGUCGAGGUUUGAUGAAUGAUAUGAUUUAGUGUUUUGGAAGUUUUAGAAUA